AUGGGCACGGUGCUCUCCCUCUCCCCCGCCGCCUCCUCGGGCAAGGGCGGCGGCGGCGGGGGGCUGCUGGCCGAGAAGGCGCCGGGAAGGGUGCCGGGCAAGGGCGAGAGCCGGCUGAAGCGCCCCGGCGUGCUCAUCUCGGCGCUCACCUGGAAGCGGCUGGUGGCCGCCUCGGCCAAGAAGAAGAAAAGCACCAAGAAGGUGACGCCGAAGCCCGGCGGCGGGGCCCCGGGGGGGGCCCCAGGCCAGCCCGACCCGCUGGUGGUGCAGCGCAACCGCGAGAACUUGCGCAAGUCGGUGGUGGGGCCGGCCGACGGUGCCAAGCCGGGCCCGCUGGCCGUGCCGGUGCCCACGGUGCCCUCGGCGCCGCAGGAGCUGCACCCGGGCUCCGGCGGGGGAAAGCCUCCGCCGCCACCGCCGCCGGCCGGCAGCCGCCCCGCGGGAUCCCCGCGCCGCGUGGUGGUGCAGGCGUCCACCGGCGAGCUGCUGCGCUGCUUGGGGGACUUCGUGUGCCGCCGCUGCUACCGCCUGAAGGAGCUGAGCCCCGGCGAACUCAUCUCGUGGUUUCGCAGCGUGGACCGCUCGCUGCUGCUGCAGGGCUGGCAGGACCAGGGCUUCAUCACCCCGGCCAACCUGGUGUUCGUCUACCUGCUGUGCCGGGAAGCGCUGCGGGGCGAAGACAUCGGCAGCCAGGCCGAGCUGCAGGCCGCCUUCCUCACCUGCCUGUAUCUCGCCUACUCCUACAUGGGCAACGAGAUCUCCUACCCGCUCAAGCCCUUCCUGGUGGAGGGAGACAAGGGGCGCUUCUGGGAGCGCUGCCUGGGCAUCAUCCAGCGCCUCAGCGCCAAGAUGCUGCGAAUCAACGCGGACCCGCACUACUUCACGCAACUCUUCCAGGACCUCAAGAGCGAGGGCGAGGGCGGAGACGGGUCCAAGCACUGGACGAUCAGCCUGGACCGUUAGGGAGGUACCAGGCCCCCGGCGCCGGGGGCGGAAGGGGCCGCGCACCGAGGGGCGGGGGAGGCGAAGGACUGUCGGAUUCCCCCCCCUGCCCCCGCAUUCUCCUCGCCUUCCCCCUUCCCCGGCCGUCAGUUCCACGGAGACGCUGCUUGGACCCUCCCUGCUCCGGAUCCGGCUGCCCUCCUCCCCCGCCUCCGACCCCAGCUGGGGGCUGCGCUCCGGAGCUCCGAGGCGGCGGCGAAGACCGGGGAGGGGGAGCGCUGCCCCUCCCUCCUUGGCCAAGGGCGGGAGGGGGAGGCUGCGGAGGAGCGGAGGCUCCCGGAUGCGGUUUCUCUAGA